CCAACGAUUUCACUUUCACUUUAACGAAUUUUUAUACGGAAGUCCACUAAAUAUUUCUUUAAAGCUGAAUUAACGUAGUUUUAUCGGAUAUACGUUUUUUUAUGGAGUUCACAACAAAGGGAUUCAUAUUACAUGACUUUCGCGCCAUUUUAUGUGAAGACCACAUGAGCUACUAAGUUGACUACAGCGAGCUAGUAUUGCAGAAUUUCUUCAUAUUUUUGAACAAUUAGAUAUAAAAUCAGUGUCAUACAGAGCAAGUUCUUCAAUCUCUUAUGGAUAUUUUGCUGUUAAAGUAGCUCAAACGGAAGAUCAAACCGUCCCGAAGAAGGAUUAAACUACAAAUACACUGUACGUACACAGCUGAUGUUUACAGCCAUACCUCUUAUCAAACCAUGUGUGGUAUUUUACUUUAACUGAUACAUGAAUUAAUGCACCAAAUCCAGUAAAUUUUAGCAAUGAAUGCGUCAGAAACACAGUGUCAAGCAAACUCUUCUCAAAGGAACUCUUCACAAGAUUCCUUACAAACACCAAGUCAAACAAUUUCUGUUCAAGGGAGCACUAAUAAUAGAAACUCGCUCAACUCUUCAAAUCUAGCGACGACUACGUAUACUUCUCAAGAACCAGAAAUACCACAGGCGGUUUUAAGCCAACCAUGUAAUCUGACGUCGAUUAUCACAAAUGCUAACGAUCAGAAAGGACAAGUGGGCUGUAUUGUAGCCAAUACAAAUUUUGUAGGUCCACAGAACCCCAAGCUUGAGGGUGUCUUUGACACUACUUUUAAUGCUGUCCCUUUAUCAAAACACACACAAAUUUUAAAUGCUAUAAUAAAAAUUCAGAAGGAGCUACAAAAAAGUUUGGAUUCCUGCUCCAGUCCAAACUCGAUUGCACCAUCUACAUCAGCAUCAUUACCCAGUAAUCCUGGUAUUACACAAGAAUCUGGUAAUCAAGGGGUUGCAGAGACUGAUACCCAGCACCAAAGUAAUAAUAGUUUCCCACCAGUAAAUAUUGGAGCAUGUUUGUUGUGUGGAGGAGAUUGCGGUUGUGACGAAGCUGAUAGUGAGGAAGAUGAGGAGAACAGUUUUUUACCCCCACCUCGUAUGUCUAGUGUGGAAGUUGACAGUUUGUUUGGCAAACUAAAAGAACAAGACAAAGAUACACCAGCUGAGCCAGCAUCAGUCAUCAACACUAAGAUGCACCUGCAUCAAAAGCAGGCCCUCAACUGGAUGAUCAACAAAGAAAACAGCAAUGACCUAGGGCCUUUCUGGCGUGAAAAUGGCCCACAAGAAUGGUUCAAUGAAGGAACUAAGAAGUUUACAGAUGAAAGACCUACAUGCAUUAAGGGUGGUAUACUAGCUGAUGACAUGGGUUUGGGAAAAACCUUGACUGUUAUUGCCCUGAUCUUCACUAACCAUUUGGAUGGAAAGCCUAUGUUUAUGAAAACAGAAAACCCCAAUUCAAAAAAGAGAAGAGCAUCAAAACUGGACACAGCUGAUCCCACUGAGCCUCAGAACAAGAAACCAAGUCUAGAUUCUGCUUCAAAUGAUGACGAUGAGGUUGUGGUUAUUAAAAGAGAAGGGAGAAAGAAAGAAAAGAAAGCUGUAGCAAUAAAGAAAAGAAAAGAAGAAAUUAUGAACAAAAAGAGGUUGUUAGAAGACAAGAAAAAGAAAGAUCCUGGUGCCAUGUUUAGACAAAUAUUUCUUCCUAAGAUUUUGAAAAAAAAAGAAAGACAAGAGAACAAGAUUAAAAAAGAAAAGGCAGAUUCAUCUCCAGCCCAAAAACCCAUUGCUAUAGAUAUUUCCCAACCAAGCACAUCAAAGAGCAUUCCUGAUAUUACCCAGAUUGAUGAUGAUGAUAGUAGCGAUGAAAUCACUGAUACACCGACAAGGCCAAACAAGCUGCUUAUUGCCAAUCCUGCUCCAAGUGGUGCUGCUAAAGCAACAUUGAUUAUAUGCCCUCUCUCUGUGUUGAGCAACUGGACAGACCAGAUCUGUUCUCAUGUUCAUCCAUCUGUUCAACUGAAAGUCUACAUGUACUAUGGAGCACAGAAAAUCCAGGACUUGAAGUACCUUAGGGGUCAGGAUAUAGUGUUGACUACGUACCCAACUCUUGCUAAUGAUUUUAGAUCUAAAUUUUCUCCAUUGCACAAGAUAAAGUGGCUUCGCAUUAUCUUGGAUGAAGGGCACAUGAUUCGAAACAAGAGAACUGCACUAUCCAAAGCUGCUCUCGACCUUGAAGCAGAGAGGCGAUGGGUAAUUACUGGUACUCCUAUACAAAACAGGAUAGAAGACCUGAAGACAAUCAUCCUAUAUUUGAGGCUGGAACCGUUCAAUGAUAAGAAUUGGUGGAAAAAAUCUAUUGAAAAUCUACGCAACAAGAGAAGCGAGUUAGCAGAUUUCCGUCUUAAUACCCUGAUCAAACACGUGUCAAUCAGACGUCUGAAGGACGAAAAAGUGGACAAUUCCAAACUAGUUGAGCUUCCCCCAAAACAAGUGGUCAUCCAAGAUAUUGAAUUGUCUAGUGAGGAACGAAAACUGUAUGAUAUGAUGCAGCUGGAUGGUCAGUCUAUCAUAAGAAGGUAUAUUAGACACGACUCUGUGCUGAAACAUUAUGGCCAUUGUUUUGCUAUUCUGAUGAGACUUCGUCAGAUGUGUCUUCAUCCAAGACUCUGCAAAGAAGCCUUGAAAGAAUUGCAACAAGCUCUGGAUAGUGCCAAACAGGAUAAAGACGAUGGUGCAGCUGACGACAACGAUGAUAAUGAUGAUGAUGACAGCCGAGCUAGACUUAUUAAAGUCCUAAUGGAAGCAAUUGCUUCUGGUGACAGCGAAGAAUGCGCAAUAUGCUUGGAGUCCCUGAACGACCCAGUCAUUACGCCUUGUGCCCAUGUUUUCUGUUGCGGUUGCAUCACGGACGUUUUGAACUCUGAGGGACUGGCGCCUAAGUGUCCCAUGUGUAGAGCUCCAGUGGAUGAAAUCGAUCUCUUACGUGUACCAGAAGAACAGAGAAAUACCAAUAAUGAGACGGCAAUUGAUGUUGACGAGGAGGAUAAGUUUGAAGACAGUACUAAGAUCAAUGCAUUAAUAAGCUCCUUGGAAGCCAUACGAGAUAAAGACCCUUCUAUAAAGAGCGUAGUUGUGUCGCAGUUCACCUCGUUUCUCAACAUCGUAGAAGAGUACCUUGACAAGCAUGGCUUCGUACACUUACGCCUGGAUGGACGCAUGAGAUUACAUGAGCGUUUGCAAGCGUUGGAUGACUUUAAUGAGCCUGGUAACGCAGCCACAGUGUUCUUGCUGUCCAUGAGUGCAGGAGGAACGGGGAUUAACUUGACAGCAGCAUCGAGAGUCUUUCUUAUGGACCCUGCGUGGAACCCAGCUGUGGAGGAGCAGUGCUUUGAUCGUUGUCAUCGAAUGGGGCAAACUAAAGAAGUGAUCGUCACCAAGUACAUCGUGAUGGACUCGGUCGAAGAGCGCAUGCUCACGCUUCAGGAACAAAAACGUCAGCUUAUGAGCCACGCCUUUGGAGCCAAAGCACAGAGCGAAGAGGACAGAAGUCGAGCCAGAGUUCGUGACAUUGCGCAUCUGAUUGGGUUGCGGCCUGCUCGCCAGGGUCCAAACAUUGGAGCACAGUAAAUCUUUUAAAAUUUCUAAGCUUUAACUGAUAACGUUUUUACCAAUUAUGUACUUUACCAUUCGUCACCAGUUUUAGCGACCAGAGUUCUAUCUUUCAAAACCUGGAAAGAUGAGACUCUGGGAAACUGGCUUUUAUCAAAAGACCAUAUUGAAUUAGAUAUUGAUUUUACCUCUGUGUCCUAACAGCAGGCAGAAUUCAAUCAAGGAAAACCAGUUAGGUUUUCCUUUCACGAUUUUAUACUGGGACAGAAAAACGUCUUUUGUUAGCAAUCUAACCAUGGCAUGUCCUAGACUAUGCUUUCGUGAUUUUAAGUAUCUUACCCGGACCAUUCUCGGCGAUUAAUCGAAGAUCUUCGAUUUUUCGUUAGAAAGCUAGGAAGGGUUUGGUUACGAGAAUGAUUUUAAACAAAAGGCGGUAUUAACGUUUACAAGAGAGUGAGGUAUCUUUUAUAUCCAUGGUCUUGUCUUCACACAAACGUCCUUUUAUCCCACUUUUAGCCCUCGUGUUUCAAAGUUUUUAUGAUACGAUAGAUAGCUCUUUUUAUAUGUUGCAGUUUCAAAGUUCCACUUUAAUGUUAAAAUAUAUCAAUUUAAAAUUUAAAAUAAUAUGGAAAUUAUGCAUACAAUCCAACACGAAAGAAAAGAAAAUAUGAAAUAAAAUGAAAUAAAAAAAUAUAAUUAAAACUAGUCGAGGUUGAGUUAAACAUUUAUUUGAAUAAAAGGAGAUCAAAUUAAAAAGUUAUUCACCA